UCUGCAGAAAAUAUUUUCGCAUAUGUCUCAAAUAUCAAAUAUACAUUUAUAACAGUUUAUUUGAACUUGAUAUUAUUCGCAGAGUGUUGAAUUUCAGUUUUAAUUACUUUGAAGUCGAACUUUGGCCCCUCGUGUGGCGUUUCUCGUGUUUCAAUUUCACAAUUCUGUAUCCUCGAGGUUUCGCGGGUUGGGAAAAUGGUGAUAGACCAAGUUCACGGCCUCCAGGCCACGUGUAUGAGCCUAAACGAACGGUUCAGCAUGUUCGCGGCAGGACCGGCGCCGGUGCGGCCUCGCACGCCGCGGCGGAGGCCUUCCACCGGCGGCUUCUAUAGUGAUAACAUGAACAGGAACUUGAUUGAACAGAUCGCCCGCCGUUUGGAGCUACAGGCUAAACGGCAAGCCCUCCGCCAGAGGCUUGGUAUUGGCGCUGGGGGCUUGCGGCGUUUUGGCAGUGAGAGCAGCUUAGCGGGGCUCCGGCGCUCCAACAGCUUCGGUGACCUGAGCCAGAGAGGAGUUAAGAGCAGGAUUUCUUGGAGACAGUCCAAUGGGAACCUCAAUCGCUCGGCGUCUUUCGGCAACUUGUCCGGCGGAGCGUGGCGCGGCCGCGGCCUGCGCGGGCUGCGGCGCCGCGCCGGCGCUCGGGGGCUGCGCGGACGGCUCAGGGGCGGUAUGAACUUCGGUCGCAUGAAUCGCAUCGGAAGCAGACCGCUGCGCGGCCGCGGGGCGGGCCUCGGGGCGGGGCGGGGCGCGCGGCGGGGCGGGGGAGGGGGAGGGGGCUUCACGCGCGGCGCGGCGAGGGGACGUGGACGAGGUGGCAUAUCCCGCCAAACGCCCAAGCCCGUCCCUACGAAAGAGGAGCUAGACCUGCAACUAGACCAGUACAUGGCUGGCACCAAGUCCGCGUUGGACAAAGAACUCGAGUCCUACAUGAAAAACGCCAUGGAACUAGAGUGAAGUGAUAGUGAUGAACAUAGAUUACAAUGACUUAUUUACUAGUGGUACUGAGCUGUACCUCCCGAACCAUAGCUCCGCCAUUUUGAAAGAUUAGUAAAAACUGAUUAGACUAAAUAACCAAAUAAUAUUAGAAUAUGCUCACAAAAUUUCACAAGAAUCGGUUGAGAAUUGCGACUUGCAGAGGAGAAUACCCGGACCAUAGAAAUAUAACCAGGACAGACCUACGGAAGCAUAUUUGACCAAGCUAAGGAGAUGCUUCAGUCAAUUAUCGCAACAUUUAUAUCCGUUUGAAGCAUUUGAUUUAAAGCGGAUGCGCAUCGUGCGUACCUACAUUUAAAAUACAAGUUUAAAAUUGUUGUUGGACAAUCUGAGGACUCCAUUGAUAAAGUAUCGCAAAAUGAGGAGUACAAACCAGACUACCUUGCUUUAAAUAAAUAAUAUUAUAGGACAUUAUUACACAUAUUGUAAGCCCCACGUUAAGAUCUAUAAGGCUUGUGUUGUUGGUGCCCAAAAUUCGCUCGGGUAUUUAGCAAGAAGAUAGGGUACGUGAGCCACCUAAGGGCGCACCAGAGAGUGGAUCAGCUACACUCUAAUAACACGAGUUAAAAAUUGCCUACUCCAGAGCACACAGUCGCUGUGGCCGAAAUCGGUCAGGAGAGCAUCAUCACAGUCAGCAGCAGAAGUUGCUAAGCUAAGGUGUUCAAAAUGAUCUUGACGCGAUUUUAUUGUUAAGAGAAUAAGAGUACACACUCUUAUAGGUAAUUUUAAACACCUGGCCCGCUUAGCAACUUUAGCUGCUGACUGUACUUAGACAACCAUAGACAGGAAGAAAUAUCCAUGCUCAGCACACAAAUAAAUGCCCUUACUAAGAUUUGA